GCGCCCUCUCGUCGCCGCCCCCCGAGCGGUUCCGGGCCAUGGGCGGGACAGACCGACGCGCAGGUCCCACAGCCAGGUCAUUCUUCACAUCCCUGAGUGUGAGAUGGGGACCAUCCCUUGUCCCAGGGGCCUCAUGCUGACAAAGGGUUGCUUUGUCGUGUAGGCUUCCGAGCGCAGGCUACACGCCGGACACUCAAAUCCAGACAGAAAAACCCUCCCCUACCGGAGCAGGCAUGACUGACCCAGAUGAAGAACUAGAGGUCCAGAGAGGCUGACUGUGUGCCCCUGAGGUGACCCAGCCUGGAGUCUGUGAGCUGACCUGUGGUGUGAGCAGAGCUGGGUGGGCAGCCUGUGGGGACAGGUGCAGGCCUUGCGGCCAUGAAGCUCAACGAACGCAGCCUGGCCUUCUACGCGACCUGCGAUGCUCCGGUGGACAAUGCGGGCUUCCUGCACAAGCGCGGCGGCCGUGGGGCCGGCUCACACCGGCGCUGGUUUGUGCUUCGCGGCAACAUGCUCUUCUACUUCGAGGCGGAAGGUAGCCGCGAGCCGCUGGGCGUCAUCCUGCUGGAGGGCUGCACGGUGGAGCUGGUGGAUGCCCGGGAGGAGUUCGCCUUCGCCGUGCGCUUUGCGGGUGGCCGGUCCCGGCCUUACGUGCUGGCAGCCGACAGCCAGGCAGCCCUGGAGGGCUGGGUGAAGGCCCUGUCUCGGGCCAGCUUCCACUACCUGCGCUUGGUGGUGCGCGAGCUGGAGCAGCAGCUGGCAGCCAUGCGCGAGGGAAGCCCGGCCAAUGCCUUACCCGCCAACCCUAGCCCGGUUUUGAACCCGAGACCCAAGGAGAACGGCCGGGCAGUGUGGAGCGCUCUGCCUGAGCAACCCACUGUAGCCCCCCAGCGGCCGCCGCUGCCACCCCGCCGCAGGGCCUCCGCGACCAACGGGCCCUUGGCAUCCUUCGCCCAGCUGCAUGAGCGGUAUGGACUAGAGGUGCAGGCCCUCAGGAACCAGUGGCGCGGAGGCCAGGCAGGCCUAGCUGGCCUAGCUACCAUGGAGGUCCCCUGGCAUCCUGGUUCUGGUGAGACUCUCAACCCGGACCAGCCCCAAGACAACUACUGACUGUGAGGGAUGUCUGAGUACCAAGGCCCUUAAAAUGGCUCAGAUGCUAGCCAGGCUCCCAGGGGACACAGGACAUAUGACUGGGGAGUCUGGGCCCCUGGGGUCAGAGGCACUUACUUCUGAGAAGAAUCUGGGACCUGAACCUGAAGGUGCUUCUCGAGCCCAAGGAGCUGGUUUCUAGAGAACUCUGCCCCAGGGCAGCCUGUGUGUCCUUGACAGCCCUGAAGCUGGCCACAGGCCGGUGGGGCCCAGGCCUCACCAGGAUCUAAGGCUUGAAGCUGGUGGCUGCUGUCUGGGCUGUUGUGGGCCUAAAGCAGCAGGUAGAAGGUGGGGCUUGAACUGGUUAGAUCCCCAAGGCUCCUCCUGGCCUGGAACCAGCUCCGGCAGGACUUUGCCCAGCUUUGCAGGCGGGCCUCACAUCUCUGCUUGACAACUCUCACCUGACCUUGGUGCUGGGCUGUGACCCAGCUUCCUCACAGGUUUACCUGUGAUUCCAGGCCUGCAGGGGGGAGAGUCCAGGCAUUGUCCCUGGCCUCUGCAGGUGACCAGUGGGCCUCUGUGCUGGCCUCCUUCUCACUCACCACAGUGCUGGCUGUCUUCCAGAGUGCUGGGCAGGACAACCAGCCCCACCUGGGUCUUGUUUACAGUCCUUCUCUGCCCCGCCCUGGGGACUGGAGGACACUGUCACUCCAAUUGCUGCAUCCUAUGGACAGAUUUUACCCUGGUCCCUCUCUCUUCUCUGUUGUGGAAGGCCCUGUGCUUCUGUCUGUCUCCAGGGCCUCUUGGCUCCCUGCUGGCUCAGGGGGCCAGGGCUUGGUGGUGGGUCUUUCUUCCAUUAGUGAAGUUAAGUAGUCCGUUCUCAUCCUGGCCACGUUUGUUACUGUUGGCUGGCUGGGAGGGGUGGCAUUGUCCCUAGGGAGCCAGGCCCUAGCAGGAGACACACAGGCGCCUGACUUGGCCCUUACCUCACCCUCUGUCUCCUGAGCUCAGCUCUGCAGAGGUGGCGCCUCUAGGGACUUGGUCUCUGUCUCCUCAACUCUCCCACUGUGGGCUCAGGGCUUUCUGGAGUGGCCCAGCUGGAGGGCUGAGGUGUAGACUCUAGUCCCAGAUGGCUUUACAGACUACAGGUACGAGGCAGGAGAUGGGGGGCAAGGGCAGAGAUGUCCCUUUCCCCAAAGCACAAGAUGAAGUCCAGCUGAUUCUGGGGCUGAGAGACUAAUCAGCCAUGGACAGGGUACGAGGGCCAAAAUAAAAGCUGGGCGAGUAA